AUGGCCCCAGCAGCAAAGAAAGGAUCUAAGAAAGUCCAAUCGUUCGUCGUCGAUUGCACCCGACCGGUUGACGAUGCCAUCAUGGACAUUGCGUCGUUCGAGCAGUUUCUCACGGAACGAAUCAAAGUUGGCGGCAAAGCGGGUGCUUUAGGCGACGCCGUCUCGGUGUCCUCGGACAAGAACUCCGUCACCGUCUCCUCCGAAUCUGCCAUGAGCAAGAGAUACUUGAAAUACCUCACGAAGAAGUACUUGAAGAAGCACAACGUCAGAGACUGGUUGAGAGUGAUUGCCUCGAACAAGGAUAGAAACGUGUACGAGUUGAGAUACUUCAACAUCGCCGAAGGCGGCGACGAAGAAGAAUAA